GAGAGAGAGAGAGAGAGAGAGAGAGAAGUUGGAAGACGCCGGAGGAAGCGGAGCAGCCCCGUGCGCCACAGUCCGCUCGCUCCCGUGCCGCUGCUGGAGGGACACGUCUGCGCUCCCGCGCGCCCUCAUCCAUCCACCAUCACCUUCUCUCUGCUGCUUGGAUUAAAACGAAACAACAACGACAACAACAGACUCUCCCGCUCUUGACUUCCCUUCACGCGCAACACUUUUCCUGCGCGGAGUCGGUCGCGCUCAUGGAUCGGCCGCUGCGCGCCUCCUCUCCGGAUGGGACCCGGCGGCAGUGAGCGGGACGCGGCGGGGCGGUGAUGGAGUGACGGACCCGCAGCCUUUAACGCAGGAGUUUCACAUCUGGUGUACGUGGCCAGUCAGCAGCAGGAUCAGGAUGAGAAGAUGGCUGGCUGUGUGUUUCCAAUGGGACCAGAGAGCUUUCAGCGCUUCACGCCGGACUCCCUGGCUGCCAUCGAGCAGCGCAUCGCCCAGGAGCGGGCCCGACGCAGCAAACACUACCAGGAGGACCUGGGCGACGUGGAGCUCCUCCGGCGCCGGCCCGACCUGGAGGCAGGAAAACAGCUGCCGCGCAUCUUCGCUGACAUCCCGUCUCAUCUGGUGGGCGUUCCCCUGGAAGACAUCGACCCGUACUACUUCAAAAAGAAGAGGACCUUCAUAGUCCUGAACAAAGGGAAGGCCAUCUUCCGAUUCAGUGCCACAUCCGCUCUUUACAUUUUCAGCCCUUUCCACCCCGUCCGCAGGAUCGCCAUCAAGAUCCUGGUCCACUCGUUAUUCAGCUUGUUCAUCAUGUGCACCAUCCUGACCAACUGCUGCUUCAUGGCCAUGUCUGAGCCGGCGUACUGGGCCAAGUACCUGGAGUACACCUUCACAGGUAUCUACACGUUCGAGUCCCUCAUAAAGAUCCUGGCGAGAGGUUUCUGUGUGGGGCCCUUCACCUUCCUGAGGGACCCGUGGAACUGGCUCGACUUCAGCGUCAUCGUCAUGGCAUAUGUGACUGAGUUUGUGGACCUGGGUAAUGUGUCAGCCUUAAGGACGUUCAGGGUGCUGCGAGCGCUCAAAACCAUCUCUGUCAUCCCAGGCCUGAAGACCAUCGUCGGCGCCCUCAUUCAGUCCGUGAAGAAGCUCGCUGACGUGAUGAUCCUCACCGUCUUCUGCCUGAGCGUCUUCGCCCUCAUCGGCCUGCAGCUCUUCAUGGGAAACCUGCGGCAGAAGUGCGUCCGCAGCGCGGCGCACUGCGUCAACGACAGCCUGCCGGCCAACACCUCCUUCUACUGCAACAACAAGACCUGGGCCUCCAUGAAGGACUUCGUCAACGACGAGGACAACUUCUACAAGGCGGAGGGAGCCAAGGACGCCUUGAUCUGCGGGAACAGCAGCGACGCAGGAAAGUGCCCGGAUGGCUUUGAAUGUCUGAAGGCCGGGAAGAACCCCAACUACGGCUACACCAGCUUCGACACCUUCGGCUGGGCCUUCCUGUCCUUGUUCCGCCUGAUGACGCAAGACUACUGGGAAAACCUCUACCACCAGACGCUGCGUUCGGCCGGUAAGACCUACAUGGUGUUCUUCGUGGUGGUGAUCUUCCUGGGCUCCUUCUACCUGGUCAACCUCAUCCUGGCCGUGGUGGCGAUGGCGUACGAGGAGCAGAACCAGGCGACCAUCGCGGAGGCGUCCCAGAAGGAGCGGGAGUUCCAUCAGGCCAUGGAGCGGCUGAAGAAAGAGCAACAGGUUGCCGCACAAAAAGACUCGUUGGUGUCGCCAGACCUCUCUCCCUUUGGCCCGCCAUUGGACACCCUGGAGGAGCGGAGGCGGAGUCAAGCUCUGGUGGGAGUGGCCGACGUGGAGUCCAACCUAUCGGAGGAGAAGCUGCUGCAGGUGGACAUGGCGGACGGGGGCAAGCCCCUCCACCCCCUGCUCGCCCGCUCCUUCUCCUCCAGGACCCGGCGCAGCAGUCAGGUCUCCUCCAUCUUCAACUUCCGUCUGAGGAGCCGGGGGUCCGACGGGGAGAUGGCCGACGACGAGUACAGCGUCCCGGGUGACGUGGUGGACGGGGUGGGCGGCCGCACCUACAGCGGCGGCACCUUCAGCGGCAUCCUGCCUCAUCCGUGGCCCAAACGCCGGCCGAGCACCUACAGCACGACCAGCAGGAGCUCGCAGGUGUUUUAUCCGACCCUGAACAUCAACGGGAAGCUGUUUGUUGCCAUGGACCAGAACGGGGUUUCCCCACCACCAAUUCCGCCGCUGCAGGGGCAGCUGCCUGCCUGCACCAUGGAGAAGGUCAAGGAGGAGAGUGUCCCCACGUCGUCCACGGAGCUCAGCACGAUGCUGUUGCCUCGGCCUUCGUCCACGCACGACCCGGAGCGGAGGGGGCGGGCGCUCAGCGCGGCCAGCUACCUCACGGACGCCAUGGAAGAACUGGAGGAGGCCCACAAGAGGUGCCACCCCUGCUGGUACACCUUCGCCCACCGCUACCUGGUGUGGCAGUGCAGCGCCCCCUGGCUGAGGGCCAAGCAGCUGGUGAACGUCAUGGUGAUGGAUCCCUUCCUGGACCUGGCCAUCACCGUCUGCAUCGUCCUCAACACGCUGUUCAUGGCCAUGGAGCACUACCCCAUGACGGACGAGUUCAACGGCAUGCUGUCCAUCGGGAACCUGGUUUUCACGGGGAUCUUCACAGCAGAGAUGUUGCUGAAGAUCGUGGCUCUGGAUCCGUACUACUACUUCCAGACGGGCUGGAACAUCUUCGACAGCAUCAUCGUCUGCCUCAGCCUCAUGGAGCUGGGCCUGUCCGACGUCGAGGGGCUCAGUGUGCUGCGCUCCUUCAGACUGCUGCGCGUCUUCAAGCUCGCUCGCUCGUGGCCGACCCUCAACACGCUGAUCAAGAUCAUCGGGAACUCCAUGGGCGCCCUGGGGAACCUGACGCUCGUCCUCGCCAUCAUCGUCUUCAUCUUCGCCGUGGUCGGCAUGCAGCUGUUUGGAAAAAACUACCAGGACUGUGUGUGUAAGAUCUCCAAGGACUGCGCUCUCCCCCGCUGGCACAUGAAGGACUUCUUCCACUCCUUCCUCAUCGUCUUCAGGGUUCUGUGCGGCGAGUGGAUCGAGACCAUGUGGGACUGCAUGGAGGUGGCGGGUCAGCCGCUCUGCAUCCUGGUCUUCAUGCUGGUCAUGGUCAUCGGAAACCUGGUGCUGUUGAAUCUCUUCCUGGCUCUGCUCCUCAGCAGCUUCAGCUCUGACAACCUGUCGGCUCCAGAUGACGACGGCGAGAUGAACAACCUGCACAUCGCCCUCCACAGGAUCACCAGAGGCCUGGCCUGGUGCCGCAGACAGGUGGUGGAUUUCUUCAACGGGAACCUGAAGCGCCGUCGUCAGAAGCGUAAAGAGGCCAAAGCCAUGAUGAAGCUGAAACGUCUGAGCACCAUCCACACUGAGGUCAACGGAGCCGUCAUAGGACGCCACGUGGAGAAGUACGUGGUGCCCGAGGACGACAGCUACAUGACCAACCCCAACCUGACCAUCAGCGUCCCCAUCGCCCCCGGAGAGUCUGACGUGGAGUUCCCAGAGGAGGAGGACGAGGAGGAGGAGGAGGAAGAUGAGGAGGAUGAGGAGGAGGAAGAGGAGGAGCAGAACGAGGGAUCGGAGGAGGAAGAGGAGAGGGAGGAGCAGAAAGACGACGUCAGCCUAUCAGAGGGCAGCACGGUGGACCUCAGGAAGCCCGGAGAGGAGGAGGACGAGUACUCGGAGAUGGCGGAAGAAGCCAUGGACCCCGACAACUGCUUCCCAGACAUGUGCGUGUCCAGAUUCCGGUGCUGCGACGUGGACACGACCGGCAGACUGGGUCAGACCUGGUGGAGGCUGAGGAAGACCUGCUACCAGAUCGUGGAGCACAGCUGGUUCGAGUCCUUCAUCAUCUUCAUGAUCCUCCUCAGCUCCGGAGCGCUGGCCUUCGAGGACAUCUACAUCGAGAAGAGGAAGGUGGUGAAGGUGGUGCUGGAGUACGCCGACAAGAUCUUCACCUACAUCUUCAUCCUGGAGAUGUUGCUCAAGUGGCUCGCCUACGGCUUCAAGAAGUACUUCACCAACUACUGGUGCUGGCUCGACUUCCUCAUCGUCGAUGUCUCAUUGGUCAGUUUGGUUGCCAACACGUUGGGUUAUUCGGACUUCGCAGCCAUCAAGUCCCUGCGGACGCUGCGCGCCCUGCGGCCCCUCAGAGCCCUCUCCAGGUUUGAAGGCAUGAGGGUGGUGGUGAACGCUCUGAUCGGAGCGAUCCCCUCCAUCAUGAACGUGCUGCUCGUCUGCCUCAUCUUCUGGCUCAUCUUCAGCAUCAUGGGCGUCAACCUGUUCGCCGGGAAGUUCGGCCGCUGCGUCAACCGCACCGGCCACAUCUACGACGCCGCCUUCAUCAACAACAAGUCGGAGUGCGAGGCGCUCAACGACACCUCGCUCUACUACUGGACCAAGGUCAAGGUCAACUUCGACAACGUGGGCGCGGGAUACCUGGCCCUGCUGCAGGUGGCGACAUUCAAAGGCUGGAUGGAGAUCAUGUACGCAGCGGUGGACUCCAGAGCCGUCGAGGAGCAGCCAAUCAAAGAAAUCAAUCUGUACAUGUACCUGUACUUUGUCAUCUUCAUCAUUUUCGGCUCCUUCUUCACGCUCAACCUCUUCAUCGGUGUCAUCAUCGAUAACUUCAACCAGCAGAAGCGCAAGUUAGGAGGACAGGACAUCUUCAUGACGGAGGAGCAGAAGAAAUACUACAACGCCAUGAAGAAACUGGGCUCCAAGAAGCCUCAGAAGCCCAUCCCCCGGCCCCUGAACCCGCUGCAUGGCUUCUUCUUCGACCUGGCCGGGAAGCAGGCGUUCGACAUCAUCAUCAUGGUGCUGAUCCUCUUCAACAUGAUCACCAUGAUGGUGGAGACGGACGAGCAGUCGCCGCAGAUGGAGUACAUCCUGAACAACAUCAACCUGGCCUUCAUCAUCGUCUUCACCGCCGAGUGCCUCGUCAAGAUCGUGGCGCUGCGAUGCUACUUCUUCACCGUGGGCUGGAACAUCUUCGACUUCGUGGUCGUCAUUCUCUCCGUCGUCGGUAUCGUGCUUGCUGACAUCAUCGAGAAGUACUUUGUGUCACCAACCCUCUUCCGAGUGAUCCGAUUGGCCCGUAUUGGACGUAUUCUGCGUCUCAUCAGAGGUGCCAAGGGCAUCCGGACAUUACUGUUCGCCCUCAUGAUGUCCCUUCCUGCUCUCUUCAACAUCGGCCUCCUCUUAUUCCUGGUCAUGUUCAUCUACGCCAUCUUCGGCAUGGCCAACUUCGCCUAUGUGAAACGGCAGGCGGGGAUCGAUGACAUGUUUAACUUUGAGACGUUUGGGAACAGCAUGAUCUGCUUGUUCCAGAUCACCACCUCAGCCGGGUGGGACGGCCUACUCAGCCCCAUCCUCAACAAUUCCCCUGAGGAGUGCAAUCCCAACAUCCCCCACACUGGCACCACGGUCAGGGGGAACUGUGGGAACCCGUCGGUGGGCAUCACCUUCUUCGUCACUUACAUCAUCAUCUCCUUCCUCAUCGUGGUGAACAUGUACAUCGCCAUCAUCCUGGAGAACUUCAGCGUGGCCACAGAGGAGAGCACGGAGCCGCUCAGCGAGGACGACUUUGAGAUGUUCUACGAGGUUUGGGAGAAGUUUGACCCGGAGGCGACACAGUUCAUCGAGUACGCCAAAUUGUCCGACUUCGCAGACUCGCUGUCAGAGCCACUGCGCAUCGCCAAGCCUAACAAGAUCAAGCUGAUCACCAUGGACCUACCCAUGGUCAGUGGGGACAAGAUCCACUGCCUCGACAUCCUUUUUGCCUUCACCAAGCGAGUCCUGGGCGAGUCGGGAGAGAUGGACGCCCUCAAGCAGCAGAUGGAGGAGAAGUUCAUGAUGGCCAACCCAUCCAAGAUCUCCUACGAGCCAAUCACAACAACUCUGAGGCGCAAACAGGAAGAAGUCUCCGCCACAGUGAUCCAGAGGUGCUAUCGCAGACACUUGGUGAGGCGGCAGAUGAAGGCCGCCUCCUACUUGUAUCGUCAGAUCACCACACCUCGUCAUGCAGGAGGUGUCUCUGAGGAAGGUGGUGAGGGAAUGUUCGGGGAGGACGCACCUGAGAAAGAAGGGCUGAUCGCUGCCAUGAUGAAGGAAAACUAUGGCUCAAGUUUGGUAGAGAUGGAGCAGUCCGAGACAAUUUCCUCCACCUCAUCUCCUCCGUCUUACGACAGCGUAACGCGAGCCACGUCGGAAGUCUUUCAUCCGCUCGCCGCCAACACGGGAACAGUCGUCGUUGACACUGCAGAGAGCGAAGCGAGUGAACAAUCGCCAGCAGCGGCCGACCGCGACAGGCGGCAGGAAACGGUACCAUAG